ACGAAGAGUAGGGCGAGCUGAAUGGAGCUGGAAACAUUGCACGCUUGGAGGGCAGGCGAGGGGUCUGGACCGCAGACGAGGGAAAUGGGGAGAUUGGAUCGGAUGAUGACAGCAGGAUAUCUUAGUCAUACCGGGGCCGAAACCCCUUCUUGCCGACGGAUUGCGUCCUUGAGGGGCGAUGCCGCUAGCAUUCUCUCGCUGGGCGCACCGUUCUUCACAUCGUCAAAAACAACUCUCCCCGCCUUUCCCCGCACUUGAAGCCAUCCAUACACCCUCCAUCUGGUCAUAAGCAAACAAUGUCCGAACGUAAAGAGUCGACGCGCAGUCUCUCAAGAGAUAUUGAAGACUCUGACCAGGAGGACCACGACGAGGGCAGUCCGUCUCAAGCUCCCGGCAAGCCUGGCAGGAAAAAGAAUCCGAACUCGCAGGCAGCCCGGCGAGACCAGAACAGAAUAGCACAACGCGAGUUCCGCCUCAGAAAACAGCAAAGGAUUCGCGACCUUGAAGCUCGUGUGGAGCUCCUCUCAGGUAACCAGGAUGAAGCUCUCACAGACCUUCGUGGUAUUCUCAAAGAUCUUAUGACUGAGAACCACACUCUUCGCGGGCUGCUGAAGAGCGUCGCCGGCUUCAUUGGAGAAGGAGCAGGCGGGCUGCUACCACGCCUCGGAUGGGACAUGGCUGAUUUCAACGCACUCAUCAACAAGACUGAGACUGACACUGCAUGGGAGGCAUUCCAAACUCGUCGCACUCACUUGAAGAAUGGCGCAUCUUCGGCCGAUUCCCCCGCUAACGGUGCAGGCGUCACGUCCUCAAUGGUUGGCCCAUCUCCGCCAGCAACAGGCACAGCAUCCAGUAAUACUGGGUUGAAACGACCAAGUGAGGAUGAUGUUGCACGACAGUCAAAGAAGAGUCGCAGCAUGAGUGACGCCGGAGAUGGAGAUUAUCCUCUCCUAGUCCCACCAAUGAGUGCGGCUGGCAUGUACCCCCCUCCACCUGGACGCUCGCCCGAUAACGGGCUGUUUGGCGACCUGAUGCGCAACACUAGCUCGCCUAUGUUCAUGUCUCAGAAUGGUGGCAACGGCGUGGUUAGCCAGUCGAGUCCGGCUGCAUCGGGUCAGUAUGGGACACCGCCCAAUGGUGCAGGUUACUCGGGGUACAUGCAACCGACAAUGUCUAUCUCCGAGAAUGGCUUGCCUGCGAUGAACAACUACGGGUCAAAGAACAACGGGGUUACCUCUACCUCUCAGCAAGCACCAGCUAGACGAACGUCAAAUGAGGAGCCAGAUGACAAUACAGAAACAUUGCACGAUCCCAAGAAGGUGGAAGCUUGGAAGCUGAUAAUGUAUCACCUUGAGAACUACAUGAGAAACAAUGCCUAUUGCUUACCUUCCUCAUUGCGUCCAACACUUGUACAAAGAACGAUCAACCAUGAAAGCGCCAUUGACAAGAUAUUACAUCCUGAACUCCGCGACCGCAUCAUACUUCUACGAGGGCAGUUUUCGUUACCGGAUUGCAUGUUUGACUACAAAAAAGCGAUCACGGUGCACAGCGACGACGUCCUUGCGCACGCAAACUGGGAAAUCGAUGAAUGGUGGUUACGGAAAUAUGCGUUCCUGGUUGAGAAGAACACGCUUGCUAUCUGCAACAGAUGGCGUGUGGAGCGUAACGAAUCGGAAAUCUCCCUCACAGACCUUGGUGCUCAAGAAGGACCAUCUUAAGUUUUCUUCACUGCUUAUUAUGGGGCGCUCAGUAGAUGCUAGGCCCAAGCCAGUGCCUCCGCGUAAGCCGUUCGCAUGCGCUGAUGCUUGGUAGUUGGACCCCGAACGGUGGGCUAUUGUUGGUCGAUCGUAUGGACCUAGGACUUGGUUUGGACCGUAGGUUCAUCGAAGGAAUUUGAAAAGUUGCUUGAUUAUAAAUGUACAUAGCGCGGGGAUUGCUGCGGUAUAAUGCGUGUUUAUAGUAUACUCUAAGUGUUGUAUGUAUUUGAAAACACUAUUUUACCUGCACGAGCGACAAUGAUUUGGCGCAUGCCCAAGGUGAUGGCCUCUCAAACGAAGGUAGAGCUAGCAAGACCCAUGCCCGCAUUACCACGAAGCCUUCUUCACGCCGGGAAGCUCCCCAUCCAAAGCCUUCAGUCUGAAUUUGUGCCGGCAGAGCCCAAACUCCGAGAUAAUACCCCGGCCACGGCCUGAGUCAGUGCACCGGUUCUUGACGGUCGUCGGGCGUGUGUACUUUCCGAACGUGUUCAGCUGCAGCUGGGCAGAGUGGCGGACCUGCGGGGGCAACGCCGCGUUGCGCGCGACGACGAGGUAGGCGCGACGGACGAGCUCGUUGGCGUUCACGAGGUUGCGCGCCUUGAUGUCCCGCAAGACGCGUGCGGUAGGCAUCUUUGAAUGUGAUUUUCGAUUUAUC